CGGCACCGGAAGUGGUCGGCCCGAGGCUUCCGGCUGAGCCCCGGUCACGUGACGGGGUGCCCCGGGAUCAGCCGGGAGGGGGUAACUGAGACGGCCUGACUGAGGCCUGGCGGCGGCGGCUGCACUGCUGCAGCUGCUGCUGCUCCGGCGGCUGCUUAAGGAGGAGAAGAAGGAGAGGAGGAACUGGAGGCCUGCGCGAGGGUACUUUUAAUAGAAGCCCAUCCAUGAGCGAAGCUUCAUUUUUUUAAGUCAUGGAUGACAAAGCCUCUGUUGGAAAAAUCAGUGUGUCUUCAGACUCGGCGUCCACUCUUAACAGCGAAGAUUUUGUCUUGAUUUCCAGGCAAGAGGAUGAAACGCCAUCCACCAAUAACGGUAGCGAUGAUGAGAAGACAGGUCUGAAGAUUAUAGGGAAUGGGAGUGAGCAGCAACUGCAGAAAGAGCUUGAGGACAUCCUAAUGGAUCCACCCCUGGAAGACCAAUCCAAUGACCGAGAACAUGAGGAAGAGGAGAACUCCCGUGAUGGAGAGGGAGAUGAGCUGGUUCUCCUUGAGCCUUCAGCAUCCUCCACAAUUAACCCGGUGUCCGUGGCGGGACCCCAAAAACCUGAGAUGAGUCUGCCGGUGAAACCGGCACAGGGAGAUUCCGAGGAGUCGAGUCCUUUUACUCCAGUCGCUGAUGAGGACAGCGUCGUCUUCAGCAAGCUCACUUACUUGGGCUGUGCCUCAGUCAACGCCCCCAGGAGUGAGGUGGAGGCCCUGAGGAUGAUGUCCAUCUUACGAAGCCAGUGCGAGAUUUCUGUGGAUGUGACUCUUUCGGUGCCCAACGUGUCUGAGGGAACUGUGAGAUUGCUGGAACCCCCGACAAACACUGAAAUAGCCAACUACCCCAUUUACAAGAUCCUGUUCUGCGUGCGAGGGCAUGAUGGAACCCCAGAAAGUGACUGCUUUGCUUUCACUGAAAGCCAUUACAACUCAGAGCUCUUCAGAAUCCACGUCUUUCGAUGUGAAAUCCAAGAAGCUGUGAGUCGGAUCCUGUAUAGUUUUGCCACCGCCUUCCGUCGCUCUGCCAAGCAAACCCCGCUUGCAACCCCCAUUGCCCCACUGACGCCAGACAGCGACAUCUUUACUUUUUCCGUCUCUUUGGAAAUAAAGGAAGAUGAUGGGAAAGGAUAUUUCAGUGCUGUCCCGAAAGACAAGGACAGGCAAUGCUUUAAACUGCGCCAAGGCAUUGACAAGAAGAUUGUCAUCUACGUGCAGCAGACGACCAACAAAGAGCUGGCCAUUGAAAGGUGUUUUGGUCUCCUCCUUAGCCCUGGGAAGGAUGUGCAAAGCAGUGAUAUGCAUUUGUUGGAUCUGGAGUCUAUGGGCAAAAGCUCUGAUGGGAAGUCUUAUGUCAUCACCGGUAGCUGGAACACAAAGUCUCCACACUUCCAGAUUCUGAAUGAAGAAACGCCUAAAGACAAAGUGCUGUUCCUGACCACAGCUGUGGAUCUGGUGAUCACUGAAGUGCAGGAGCCUGUCCGGUUCCUCCUAGAGACCAAAGUCCGCGUGUGCCCUGCCAACGAGAGGCUCUUCUGGCCUUUCAGCAAGCGGAGCUCCACUGAGAACUUCUUCCUGAAGCUGAAGCAGAUAAAGCAAAAGGACCGGAAGAACAGCACAGACACUCUCUACGAAGUUGUGUGCCUGGAGAGCGAGUCGGAAAGGGAGCGGAGAAAACCCACCGCAAGCCCAGCGCUCCGCCUGCCGCAGUCUGGAUCCCAGGGCUCCAUGAUCCCUUCCCCUCCGGAGGAUGAUGAAGAGGAAGAUAACGACGAGCCUCUCCUGAGUGGCUCGGGAGACGUUUCCAAAGAGUGUGCGGAAAAAAUCCUUGAGACGUGGGGAGACCUUUUGUCCAAAUGGCACUUGAAUCUAAGCGUGCGACCAAAAACCUUGUCCACGUUGGUGAGAAGCGGAGUCCCUGAAGCCCUCAGAGGGGAGGUUUGGCAGUUGCUUGCAGGAUGCCACAACAACGACCACCUGGUGGAGAAAUACCGAAUUCUUAUUACAAAGGAAUCUCCCCAGGACAGUGCCAUCACCCGCGACAUCAACCGGACAUUCCCUGCCCACGAUUACUUCAAGGACACCGGGGGAGACGGCCAGGACUCUUUGUACAAAAUAUGCAAGGCCUAUUCCGUCUACGAUGAAGAGAUUGGCUACUGCCAGGGCCAGUCGUUCCUUGCUGCUGUGCUGCUUCUGCAUAUGCCUGAAGAACAGGCGUUUAGUGUUCUGGUCAAAAUCAUGUUUGACUAUGGACUCAGGGAGCUUUUCAAACAAAACUUUGAAGAUUUGCACUGCAAGUUCUACCAGUUGGAGCGACUCAUGCAGGAGUACAUUCCUGACCUUUACAACCACUUCUUGGAUAUCAGCCUUGAAGCCCACAUGUAUGCAUCCCAGUGGUUCCUCACUCUGUUCACGGCAAAGUUCCCUCUUUACAUGGUCUUCCACAUCAUCGAUCUCCUGUUGUGUGAGGGCAUCAGUGUUAUCUUUAAUGUUGCCCUUGGGUUGUUAAAAACUACCAGGGACGACUUGCUGCUGACUGACUUUGAGGGGGCCCUAAAGUUCUUCCGGGUGCAGCUCCCCAAGCGGUAUCGUUCAGAGGAGAACGCCAAGAGGCUGAUGGAGUUGGCGUGUAGCAUGAAGAUUAGCCAAAAGAAGCUGAAGAAAUAUGAACGGGAAUACCAUGCCCUGAGAGAGCAGCAGGCACAGCAGGAGGACCCCAUAGAAAGAUUCGAGCGGGACAACCGGCGGCUACAAGAAGCCAACAUGAGGCUGGAACAGGAGAACGACGACCUGGCCCAUGAGCUGGUCACGAGCAAGAUUGCGCUGAGGAAGGACUUGGACAAUGCAGAGGAAAAGGCUGAUGCCUUGAACAAGGAGUUGCUGAUGACCAAGCAAAAGCUGAUAGAUGCGGAAGAUGAGAAGAGGCGCCUGGAGGAGGAGUCGGCUCAGCUGAAGGAGAUGUGUCGCCGGGAACUGGACAAGGCAGAGUCUGAGAUCAAGAAGAACAGCUCCAUCAUUGGCGACUACAAGCAAAUCUGCUCCCAACUGAGUGAGCGACUGGAGAAGCAGCAGGCAGCAAAUAAAGCUGAAAUUGAGAAGAUCCGGCAAAAGGUGGACGACUGUGAGCGUUGCCGGGAGUUUUUCAGCAAGGAGGGGCAGGUGAAGGUGGCCAGCGUUGCCCGGGAGGGCUCUGAGGAGGACACGGACGAGGAGAAGGAGGCGCUGAAGAACCAGCUGCGGGAGCUGGAGCUGGAGCUGGCCCAGACCAAGCUGCAGCUGGUGGAGGCAGAGUGCAAAAUCCAGGAUCUGGAGCAUGACUUGGGGCAGGCGUUGAACGAGGUGCAGGCCUCUCGGAAGACGUGGUUCAACCGAACGCUGAGCUCUAUAAAGACAGUGACAGGCGUUCAAGGGAAAGAGACUUGCUGAAGGGCCGGCCGCCCUCUUGAGGCCCCCUUUCAGGCUCGCCUCCCAUUGGGACACCUUCUGCCUUCUGUUGCCUGCCUCAGCCAGACACGACGUGGGAGAGAGGACCACCCACGGUGUACAUAAACUCUAGAAACACAGCGCAUGUUGGGGCUUUUCCACAGGUCAGUGACCCAAACUCUUUGCGAGGUUCACGUCGCGAGGCUCGACACCGGAUCUUCAUACUACUGAUUAUUUAACCAGGGAGUGUAGACCGAAAGCUUCUUUCGGAGGGAAAAAACCAAAAACACUCCAUUCUACAGUCUGGCUGGAGGCAUUUUGCAGGCCCAGGUACGAAAACUUACCCUAACCUCUAACUUACUAAGUUUACAGAUGAGAGCUUUUUUUACAGUUAUAACUUUUUUAAAUAUUUUAUUUGAAAGGAACAAAAGAGAAAAAAAGAUCACUCUUAACCAUAAGUUAUUCCAGUGCAAGACCAGACCCCCCUCCCCCCGGCUUGAGCUAGUGGGUGAGGUCUUUUGCAUGGUUACAUUUUGGAGUAGGAUCCCCCCCCCCAAAGAAAGUGUGCGUCCACCUGUCUGUCUGUCUCUCUCUUUGUCCACCAUUUAGUUCUCUUGUCACUAAUCAAUUCUAUGCAAUUCAGGGGAGGGUCAUUGUUCGUGUCUUUCCUUUUCAAAGUACCAGCGUCUUGUCUCCAAGUGAAUGAAUUUCCAUCAUGGUCCAUUUUGCCUGUGGUUAAUCUUCCAGAACCAUGUGACCCGCACCUAUAUCGUUUCACUGGCAGGAUCUGGACUAAAGAAAUGAAACAUGGGUCCCAAUGAAAUCACUGGGAACGUAAGUCAUGCCUGACUUUCUCUGGUUGACUUCAGUGGAAUCUUUAGUUCAACUAACUUAGCUUGGAUCCAGCCCAGUGACAAAACAGAAGCGUCAUACUUUAACUUACAAGCAUUAAGACUGUCUGUCUGUUUUAACCAAUCUCCGUUGUGCUUUUUGUGAGCUGCUCUGCUUUGGAGAGGCUUUUUUUUUUAGUUUUGCACAUAGAUGAGAAAAGGACAAAAUAAUGUGAGGUAUGGAAAGGGAAGGAUUACCAUGCUGUCUGUUUCUGCCCCAAGAAUCCUUGUUUUAUCUCUGCCUGGGGCUCUUCCAGUUGCAUGAGCUUUGGUGGCUCCGACGGCUGGGUUGUUUUUUUUCUCCUUCGGGUCACCCUCCCCACCAUGCUUCUUGUAACUACACCGUUAGGUACUAAAGCUGCUUGGAUUUCUGAGCACUUAGAUUACCCAGAACUGCUCACCAGGGAAGCUGUAGAAUGGAGGGUUUUGCACCUUUGUAUUUUUUUUUUAAUUUAUACUGGUUUGUGCUAUGCUGAACUAGCUAUUGUAUCAGCGGAUGAACUUUUUGUGCGCAGCGUGUUUGAGUAUAAGCCGGUUUCAAGAAGAGGCACUGGUUUGUAUAUAAAGAUAAUUUGUAUUUUUGUUAUUUUUCUUGUUGACCAGACUAAUGCUAGCUAAUGCAACCUGAGACUACAAGAGGCAAGGCCCUGCGAUGCCCAAGCGCUCAUGAAUUCUCUUCCCCUUAAACUGUGUACAUGAAUAUCUUGUAUUGUUUAAUAAUACCAAAAAAAUAACUGUAACUCCAUCAAUAAUAGAUGUGUGGACAUUGUAGUAGUCGUAGUUGCAGUGUGUAGAUCUUUGGAUUGAUAUAUAAACUAGUAAAACUGUAUCACUA